AUGACUGACAGAUUAGCAAUAUCGCUCGGGCUUCCCAGAAAACAAUAUAACGUUCCGAUUAGCGGCGUUGACAAUGCGCAAUCAACUACGAAUUAUUUAGUUACGACUACGGUCCUGUCGAGACUUAAUGGGUUCAGGAGAGAAUUAACGUUUUUGACAGUGAAAGACAUCACUGGAUUGGUACCGGACGAGAAAAUUCAACGAAGCUCUCUGAAUAUACCGUCAAACAAACCACUGGCCGACACCCAGUUUGACCAACCCGGAGAGAUAGAUCUUCUUAUAGCAUCCGGGACAACCUUAGCCAGUCUCUGCGUAGGACAAGUGAAACUCUCCAAAUCAUCAGAAGAGGAUCUUUAUCUUCAGAACACGCGUUUCGGCUGGAUAAUCGGUGGUUCCAUUCCAAGAGCUGAUUCUCAGGAAACAACGUCAAUGAAACAUCGAUGUUUCCUUACAAAUCUAAAAGACGUGAUGAGAGGUUUCUGGGAAAUAGAGGAGCCAUCGCGGGAGAAUAUACCACCUGCCGAAGAAAGUUGCGAGAAGCACUUCCGGAAAAACACGAAACGCGGCGAAGAUGGGCGCUACAUCGUGGCUCUUCCUUUCAACGAGAAAAUAACAGAGUUGGGAGACACAAGAGCAAUGGCGGAAAGACGAUUUCUCGCACUGGAGAGACGAUUGAGAAAAAGCGCCUCACUUUGGGAUUCGUACAGCAAGGCCAUGCAAGAAUUCAUUGACUUAGGUCAUAUGACAAAGGUCGUCGGGGAGCCACAACCCGGAGGAUGUUAUAUCUCGCAUCAUCCGGUCAUAAAGGAAGGAAGCUUGACGACUAAGGUCCGACCCGUUUUCGACGCAUCGGCCAAGUCGACAAGUGGCAUCUCUUUAAAUGACACACUUCUGGUGGGGCCCACCAUUCAGGAUGAUAUUUUCUCGCUGCUCUUACGGUUCCGUAAACAUAAUUACGUGCUCACAGGAGACAUCGAGAAAAUGUAUCGGCAGUUUUGGGUACAAGAAUCGGAUCGGAAAUACCAACGAAUUCUCUGGAGAGAUUCCGACAGUCACAUCGCCACAUACGAAAUUAAUACAGUUACUUUUGGGGUAGCAUCUGCCCCCUUCUUGGCGAUACGCUGUCUCCACCAAUUGGCUGACGAUGAGGGGGAGUCAUAUCCGAAGGCGGCAGAGACUCUCAAGAAAGAUAUGUACGUCGAUGAUUUGUUAACCGGAGCACCGACUUUCGAGGAAGCUCUCAAGUUACGCGACGACAUCAACGCACUCCUGCAACGAGGAAAACUAAACAUGAGGCAGUGGGCGUCCAAUGAACCAAAGCUUCUUCAUGGUUUGCCCGUCAAUUACGUAAACCUCAAGCUUCAAUCCCGGGACGACCACACCAUCAAAACCCUCGGAGUGCACUGGGAUUCGGAAAGGGACCAGAUCGUCUACACGGUACAGGAGGUACCUCCGAAUAGCCGAGCUACGAAAAGAAAUAUCCUUUCAGAGAUCGCGAAAAUCUUUGACCCGCUAGGCCUGCUUGGUCCUGUGAUAACGUACGCCAAGCUUAUUAUGCAGGAAUUAUGGGUUGAAAAACUAGAUUGGGACGAUCCGAUUCCUCUCUCUAUCCAUACGAAAUGGUUGAAGUACACGAAAGGACUCGACAAGCUCAACAACCUAUCGUUCGAUCGAAAAUUUUCAUCGACGGAGACCGAUGAACUCCAAAUUCACGGUUUCUGUGACGCCAGCGAAAACGCAUAUGGUGCGUGCAUAUACAUUCGCGCCGUCGAUUCCGAGGAAAGAAUCACUUCGACUCUACUUUGUGCAAAGGGUAGAGUAGCUCCGCUGAGCAACAAACGAUCUGCCCAAGCAGACGAAACAAAAAACUAUUCCAGCGUCACUAUCCCGCGUUUAGAAUUAUGCGCUGCGCAAGUUCUUGCUCGUUUAUAUACCACGGUUCGUCAAGCGAUCCCCGUUAAUCCGAGCAAGACUAUUUUCUGGAGCGAUUCGACUAUCGCACUACAUUGGAUAAGAACCUCGCCGAGCCAACUGCUGCCCUUUGUUGCCAAUCGCGUCAGCGAUAUUCAGGCAAGGACCGAGACAGACAGUUGGAGACACGUCCGAUCAGCUGACAAUCCCGCCGAUCUUAUCUCACGGGGUCAGACUCCAGAUGAAUUUGCUUCACCAACACUCUGGAAAAACGGACCCAGUUGGUUGACACAAUGCGAAGAAAAUUGGCCACGGUUGGGAUUGCCGAGUCUGGAACGGGUGCCCGAAACCCGAAAGAUAAAAUGCCUCGUGGCACCAAUCCACUGGGACGUUCUUGAGCGAUACUCUUCAAUCGUCAAACUAAAAAGAGUUAUCGCCUAUUGUCUAAGAUUUAAGACGAAAUUGAAGGGCCCGUUGAGCUGCGAAGAACUCCAAACAGCAACGAACACCAUUCUACGACGUGUUCAAUCGUUGCAUUUUGCCGAAGAAUUAAAAUCUCUUCGCGAAGCUAAGUGCGUGGAUAGAAAGAGCAAGCUCGCACCCCUGACUCCGUUCAUAGACAAUCACGGUUUAAUAAGAGUAGGAGGCCGAUUAAGAAACGCAUCGAUACCCUUCGACGAACGGCAUGCGAUCAUAUUGCCACGGAAAAACCAUGUUACCAACCUUUUAAUUAGCUACGAGCAUCUCCGCAACUACCACAGUGGCAACCAGGCAACGCUCUAUGCUCUUCGGCGAAGAUACUGGAUUUUGGACGGUCGCAAUCAAGUGCGAAGAAUAAUUCGAAACUGUUUACGAUGCAAUCGUGUCGAGCCUCAAUCUACGAAUUAUGUGAUGGGAGAUUUACCGAAGGUCCGCGUCACCGAAGCACGGCCAUUUUUGAAUGUUGGAGUCGAUUACUGCGGCCCAUUCUUCAUAAAAGAAAAAAAGUUCCGAAAUCGGGGUCGGGUGAAGGUUUACGUAGUGGUCUUCGUAUGUCUCUCGGUGAAGGCCGUGCACCUGGAACUCGUGAGUGACCUGACAACGGAGGGAUUCAUCGCAGCGUUAAAACGCUUUACAGCACGCCGAGGACUCUGCAAAAACAUAUAUUCGGACAACGGGACGACUUUCGUCGGAGCGAACAAUGAAUUUAAGGAGAUUAUGCAACUUCUUCGUUCUGCCGAACACAAUACGACUGUCUCCAAUCAAUUGUCUGAACAAGGUAUUCAAUGGCAUUUCAUGCCACCUCAUUCACCCAAUUUUGGGGGAGUCUGGGAAGCGGCAGUGAAAUCUUUUAAACGUCAUCUAAAGCGCGUAGUCGGAGAUCAAUUAUUCACAUUUGAACAACUAAACACGUUCAUCACUGAGGUUGAAGCGAUCAUGAAUUCACGCCCAUUGACUCCCAUUUCCAAUGAUCCAAAUGAUCCUUUAGUUCUUACACCAGGUCAUUUCCUUAUCGGCAAUUCACUAACGAGCCUACCAGAAGUUGACCUUUGCGCACUGAAACGAAACGAUCUUUCAUCGUGGAAGCUAAUCCAAAAGGUGCGCCAAGAUUUCUGGAAACGUUGGCACAAGGAGUAUUUGACGAACCUCACUGUUCGUCACAAAUGGACCCAUGGAACGCACGAGAUCAAGGAGGGCUCUCUUGUACUCAUCAAUGAAGACAAUGUGCCUCCCCUUCGGUGGCCCAUGGGUCAGGUCAUCGAAACUUUCCCAGGUGCCGACGGUGUCAUCAGGGUCGUGCGACUAAGGACUCCCAAGGGAACGUUCAUCCGCAACACUCGGCGGCUCUCUCCACUGCCGAUGACCAUCGAAUAG